AUGGAAGGCAAGCCCGAUAUCAGCAUCUACUUUUCCCGGUUACCAUUUGGAAACCGCACUUGGAGUGAAGCUAUCAAAGUGACGCACGACGAGACACGAAGUGAGCAAAAUCCCGUCAUGUUCCAGCACCCUUCUGGUGAGCUCUGGCUCCUGUAUACGUCUCAGCAAGGAGGGAACCAAGACUCAGCCGUCGUCAAGCGUACGAUCUCCUUCGAUGACGGGAAUGCCUGGAGUGACCCUACAGUUAUCUUCGACGAGCCUGGCACCUUUAUCCGGCAGCCCGUUAUCAUCCUAAAAAACGGCAUCUUUGUGAUCCCAACCUUUAAGUGCCGCGUUGAACUGGGUGCAAAGUGGAUUGGCAACGAUGACAUUUCAGCCAUCCGCACGUCUGAUGAUCAGGGCCAGACUUGGUCUGAGAUUCCAAUCGCCGAGAGUACGGGGUGCGUGCAUAUGGAAAUCCAGCGUCUGAAGACCGGGGAAUAUCUCGCCCUCUAUCGCAGCCGAUGGGCAGAUUUCAUCUACUCCUCAACAUCGCCGGAUGGAUUAGCAUGGACGGCGCCGAAGCCGACCUCGCUGCCGAAUCCUAAUGCUGGGAUCUGCUUUGAUGUUCUACCCUCGGGUCGUGUGGUUGUGGUGUAUAACCACUCCUCGCGCAAGAAUGCUCUUGGGCGCAGAGAAGGGCUCUAUGAUGAGAUCAUCGAGGGGAAGGAUAGCCGUCCAAAUCAGAAGCCACGGCCAGAUGGCAAAGAAGCGUUUUGGGGAGCACCUAGGGCGCCGCUUUCUGUUGCUUGGAGCGAUGACGAGGGAAGGACGUGGCAGCACCGGACGCUGGAGGAGGGGGAUGGAUAUUGUUUAACCAACAAUAGCGAGCAGAAGCUGAAUAGGGAGCUGUCAUACCCAAGUAUGGUCGUUGGGGAGGAUGGCUCAAUCCAUAUUGCUUUUACGUUCUGGCGGCAGACGAUCAAAUAUGUGCAGAUAGGGGAGAAUUUCUUCGGAGUGUAG